AUGGGUACCACUGGCGAGACAUACUCCAGUCUGAGAGCUGUACCUGCUCACCAACUGCAGUCUGUACCAAAUAAGAGAACUGCUUGGCACACAACAUACAGAGCAGGCUCGAAUGCAUGUGGCUUGGAUAGUUGCUACCCGUCAAGGCCCAGUGUGUCAUCUGAAGAACAGAUUCCGUCUGGCAUGAAUGAUUCAUUCAGCUUGCGGAGGGAAUCACCCAUUCCACGUUCCAAGCCAGGAAGUCCAAUUCCAGUCUCUCUGUCUAAACGAGAAGAAAUCAAGAAGGAUAUGGAAAGGAAGAUAAAUCUACAGAUGCGUGAUGAUGAUGGACUAGGGGCCAAGAGACCACGUUUGGACUCUCCGAGUGCCUUCAAAUCCCACACUCCAUCUCCAACACCCACUAAAUCAGAGAGUUCAUCCCGGAGCCGCAAAUCAGACGAGAGUGAAUCGGAUACUGAUAUGAAUGACAUCGCUAUGGAGAUAAUGGAUGGCAUCAACUGCACUGUUGCAAGUAACUUUGAGGUGACCCCACGCAAUCGCCUUGUGGAAUGCCAGGAAUGCCACUCUCUGUACCACCAGGAGUGCCACAAGCCUCCCGUCACAGACCAAGAUGUUAAUGAUCCCCGCCUUGUGUGGUAUUGUGCCAAAUGUGCCAAAUCCUUGAAAAAACAGACUAGUAUUGUUAGUGCUACUGGUGGCGGCACUCUGUCGGGCACUCGGGGUGUCAGUGGUGGCGGAAUGCCCAGUAUGGCCAGUGGGAGCAAGUCAGGCAGCUCCCUCUCUCGGCCGACACCUUCUCCUACCAAGGGCUUGGGUCUCUCUCGCCUCUCGCCCUUUACAAACCUCUCUUCGGCUUCUGGGAGAACCUUAGGAGCAAACAAUGGUGGGAACAGCAACAAUGGCAACAACAAAUCCCUCUCAUCGUCGUCAUCGUCAUCAGGGAAAUCUUCUGCACCCUCUAACUCGAUGAUCACAGCUGAAAGGAGGAUGCACUUGAUGAAGAAGAAAGCUGCUGCUAAGAUGGCAGAGAAAAGGAAAUUAUAAAAUGUGUUUAUUCAUUCAAAUAUUUUCUUAUGCCGGUUUUAGAUAUCUGAUGUAGAAGACAUGUCUGGAUUCUUGUAUAUAUAAGCUGUAAGAUGCCAUUUGGUAUUGUUCUCAGAUUAAAAGACUUGGAACAUUCUUAUCAAGUGAUAUUUGUGCAGCCAUGUGACUGCUAUAUAGUGGUAUAUGAGCUGGAAACAAAAGUCUGCCAUUAUUUAGGAAUUUUGAAAAAGUAUAACAUUCAUAGGUCUGAAAUAUGAUAUAAAGGAAACCUAGGUAUGUGAACAUGAAAUACAAAAGAAUAUCUAUCAUACUUAGUCAACACUACAGAUUUAUCAAAUAUUUUCAAAAAUUGUAUUUUAUUAGCUUAUCUCAGAAUCUUGUCAAAUCUAGCCUUAAUUUAAACAAA